CUCAGAAAGAGAGAGAUAAGUGUCUCUCCCCUCCAUUAAAACAUGAGUAAAGGCCCCACACCGAAGUCUCUCCCCCUCAGCGUGGCUUUGAAGUGAUGCUCAAUGGCCUUUUACCUCAGAAAGGCCCUUCAGCAGGGAGAGGUGCCUUUCCCCCUCAGGGAUAGCUUUGCCCUUUCGAUGGGAAUUAUUAUUAUUAAUUAUUAUUUAUUACUGAACCACACAGAGAUAAGACACGCGUGUGGGGGAAUCCGUGGGCUUUGAGACCCAGGAAGCUCUUUGCCUGCUUCUCCCUCACGCUCCCAUUCUCUGCUGCUGCUGCUGCUGCUGCUUCUGCUGCUGCUUAAUGCUUAUUCCUGCUCCAGAGGCUCCUUUUUCCUCUGCCUCAAAGCAGGUGACUCUGCUCUUUCCUCCUCCUUCCUGGUCUCCCUUCCCAAGGCCAUGGUGGUGGUUGUGGUGGUGGCCCUUGCUUUUGGGAAUGGGCAAGCCCUUGCUGCCUUUGGCUUUCCUUGUUGCCUUGGCCAGCAAAGCCGUGGGUAGCAGCUCCUCUCUGCGGCUGCUGCCUGGCAUCUUUGCUCCUUUUCUUCCCCAGCUUUCAGGAGGAGGAGAAGAAGAAGAGGGAUUUGAUGUCUAUUUUUUUUUUUUUGGCUAGGUUUCAAAAGCCCCCUUCUGCAAUCGAGGGCUGCUGCGGCGGAGGAGAAAAGUUGCAGCUCUAUUUAUUUCUUAUUUUUUCCCCUCCCCUGCACCUGCCAUUGAGACUUCCUGUUCAGAGAGCCCAACCGCUGCCUUUGGGUUCUUCCUCUUUUUUUUGGAGUUUAGCAAAGCGUUUGACUCCUCUCUUCCAUUCCAGGGCCUCUAACCUGAACAAGGAUGGAGCUGUGGGCUCCUCAGAAAGACUGAAGAAGUGGAUUUUGCUUUCUUUUUCCUCUCCUAGGUAUGAAUGAAGCAGGCUAGGGAGGAGAAGAAGAAGGCGUCUUCAAGGGACUGACCCUCUUCAUGAUGGUGGCUGGUCCCUGAUUUUUGAAGGAGUCACCUUGCAAGGAGACCCCUCUUCUUCAUUUCAUGGAGCUCCCCCAGCCUCUAUGCAUUUGAGGUAUCUGUGACACGUGUUGGAACUACCUCCAACAUCCCCUUUUUGGCUGGCAUCAAAAGUUUGGGUCUGAAGGGGUGUUAACUCCCUUCGACCUUUUGUGAGGAAAAGACGACUGCAUCUGGACUUGGAAACCAUUCCUUUUAUUUGAUCGUGGGGAGCUUUGCAGUCUCAAGGAUGGGCAAUGCAGCGAGCAGCAUGGAGAUGUCUCCAGCCAAGGAGAUUAAAAGCCAGCCAACCGCGUCUUCGCCUCUGCCCCCCAAACAGCCUGCGCCCCCCAAGCAGCCCAUGCCUAGUGCUGGCGAACUGGAAGAGCGGUUCUCUCAUGUGCUGAAUUCUAUGAACUUGCCACCAGACAAAAUGAAGCUAUUGAGCCAGUAUGACAAUGAGAAGAAAUGGGAGUUGAUCUGUGAUCAGGAAAGGUUUCAAGUGAAAAACCCACCUUCUGCCUAUAUCCAGAAACUGAAGGGCUAUCUGGACUCUGGUGGAUUCAGUGGAAAGUUCAAGAGGCGGGUUCAAGAGUCCACCCAGGUUCUUCGGGAAUUAGAGAUAUCUCUGAGGACAAAUUAUAUUGGCUGGGUCCAGGAAUUCCUAAAUGAAGAAAACAAAGGCCUCGAUGUCUUGGUGGAUUACCUUGCCUUUGCCCAGUGCUCUGUCACGUAUGAUAUGGACAGCACUGACAAUGGGAGUCCUGGGUCCGACAAGGGGAGACCCCUGGACAGAUCUAUGGAAGACCUCAGCAGAAACAGCUCACCCACGCAGGGCUCCACCAAAACAAGGCACUUCACUGUCAGGUGUUGCCAUUUGAAUCAGCAGAUCCAAACAUUCUUUCAACAAGUCCACCCAAGCGUCCCCUCCUCCAGCACCCCCGGGAGCGAGCAGGACUGUAAGCCCAGGCCACCUGUCAACUCCUACUCACCCCGACUCAAUACGGCACACAGUAGGAAAGCGCUGAGGAACUCACGCAUUGUCAGCCAGAAGGAUGAUGUCCACGUUUGCAUCAUGUGCCUCCGUGCCAUCAUGAAUUAUCAGUCCGGCUUCAGUCUUGUAAUGAACCACCCUGCCUGUGUCAAUGAGAUCACUCUCAGCCUCAACAAUAAGAACCCCAGAACCAAAGCGCUUGUCCUUGAGCUGUUGGCUGCUGUUUGCUUGGUCCGAGGUGGGCAUGACAUCAUUCUGGCGGCCUUUGACAACUUCAAGGAGGUUUGUGGUGAAAAAAACCGCUUUGAGAAGCUGAUGGAAUAUUUCAGAAACGAAGACAGCAACAUAGAUUUCAUGGUGGCUUGCAUGCAGUUCAUCAAUAUUGUGGUUCAUUCUGUGGAGAACAUGAAUUUCCGUGUCUUCUUACAAUAUGAGUUCACACAGUUGGGACUGGAUGAAUAUCUAGAGAGGCUGCGCUAUACAGAAAGUGAUAAGUUGCAGGUACAAAUCCAAGCCUACCUGGACAACAUAUUUGAUGUGGGUGCCCUAUUAGAAGAUACUGAAACCAAAAAUGCCGUUCUGGAGCAUGUGGAGGAUUUGCAAGAAGAAGUUGGACAGCUCACAGAGAAGCUCCAGGAUGCGGAGAAUGAGUCUUUGGCAAGGGUUGCUGAGUUAGAGAAGCAGCUUUGCCAAUCACGUCGUGAGCUGGAGGCCUUGAGAGCUAGAACCACAAGUGAUGAGCAGAGCACAGAGGAGCAAGCUAGCAAGAUAAAUAUUCCAAAGGGCCCUCCUUUGCUCCAAAAGCAGUCAUCACAAGGAGCAGGAGAACCCCCAUUGCCCUCUGCCUUGGAGCGCAAACUAGAAGAGCUAGAAGAUAAGGGGUUGAUUCGGAUUUUGCGUGGAGCUGGCAGUGAUGCCAUUACAGGCAUUGAAAUCAUCCCAGUCAUUGUGGAUACCACAGCAGCCACCACCAUUACUAUUGAGGCACCUUCGUCAACCAGCACAGAUGUUCCUUCACCAUCUGCAUCGCCUGUUCCUCCAGCUGCUCCAGAAAUCCCACCAGCACCUCCCCUACCCCUCACUCAGGAUAGCAAUCCUGUGAUUGUCCAAACUUCCCAAACUACUCGGGAAGAAAUCUCUCUUCCUCCUCCUCCUUCCCCUCCCCCAGCACCACCUCUUCCAGGAGGCAGUGAACCUCCACCUGCCCCACCGCUCCCUAUAGCUGCAACUGGGUCCCAUCCACCACCACCACCUCCUCUCCCGUCAGUGAAUGGUCCAGCUCCUCCUCCUCCUCCCCCUCCUCCCAUGGUGGAAGGGGUGAAUCUGCCAGGAAUCACUGUUAGUUCAGCUGUCAAGAUCAAGAAGCCAAUACAGACCAAAUUCCGCAUGCCUAUCUUCAACUGGGUUGCCUUGAAGCCUAACCAAGUCAAUGGGACAGUCUUCAAUGAACUCAAUGAUGAGAAAGUCCUUCAGGAGUUGGACAUGAGUCACUUUGAAGACCAGUUCAAAACGAGAGCACAAGGCCCAGGUCGAGAGUUCGGUGCUGUAAAAGUGAAAGUUUCCCAGAAAGCCUCCAGUAAAGUGACGCUGAUUGAGUGUAACCGGGCAAAGAACCUGGCUAUCACACUCCGCAAGGGAGGGCUUCCCAUUGAUGGCAUUUGCAAGGCCAUUCAGACAUAUGACCUACAGUCUCUCAGCCUUGAUUUUCUGGAGUUGCUGAUGCGCUUCAUUCCUACAGAAUAUGAGCUCACAACAAUUCGCAAGUAUGAGAAGGAGCAACGCCCACUGGAUGACCUCUCAGAUGAGGACCAGUUCAUGAUCAAGUUCAGCAAGAUCCCCCGACUCACUGAGCGUAUGAACAUCAUGACCUUCUUAGGCAACUUCGGAGACACUGUACAGCUUCUCCUGCCACAGCUGAAUGCUGUCAUUGCUGCUUCAAUGUCAAUCAAGGCUUCUACCAGACUGCGGCAGAUUCUGGAGAUUGUCCUUGCUUUUGGGAAUUACCUGAACAGUAGCAAACGGGGAGCUGCCUAUGGGUUCCGGUUGCAGAGCCUUGAUGCACUCCUGGAUAUGAAAUCAACAGACCGGAAACAGACGCUGCUUCAUUACAUAGUGCGGGUGAUUGAGGAGAAAUAUCCUGACCUCAUAAGUUUCUCCAGUGAACUGCAUUUCUUGGACAAAGCAGCAACAGUAUCAUUAGACAGUGUAUUGCAAGAUGUCAGAGGCCUACAGCGGGGUAUGGAGCUCACGCGCAAAGAGUUCAUGCGCCAAGAUGACAGUGCUGUGCUUAAGGAGUUCUUGAAGACCAACACAGAGGUGAUGGAGAAGCUCCAAGCAGACAGUAAAACUGCACAGGAGGCCUAUGAGGCAACAGUAGAAUAUUUUGGAGAAAAUCCCAAGACCACUCCUCCAACCAUGUUCUUCCCCAUGUUUGUGCGUUUUAUUAAGGCAUACAAGAAAGCAGAGGACGAUAUCCAAUUAUGGAAAAAGCAGGAAGCAGCUGCCAAAGAAGAGGAGAUGGACUCCUCCAAGAAAGAGGAGCAGGUGGCACCAAAGUCUCCCACCCAUAAGGCCAAGCGGCAGCAGAUGGACCUCAUCGCUGAACUGAAGAAGAAGCAGAUGGUGAAAGAGCCUCUCAUUUAUGAGGAGAAGGAUGGAGCCAUUGAGGAUAUUAUUACGGCUCUGAAGACUGUUCCUUUCACUGCUCGGACGGGCAAACGUUCCUCACGCCUCUUCUGUGAUGCCAGCUUCAAUGAAGAGAGCCCCCUGUAGCUUAUGGCUCUAGGCCUGCGGAACCAGCCAUACCGGCGAGGGGACACUGGGCGGCACAGUGGCAGGAAACGAAUGGCUGGGCAGACGCUGCAGGUGACCUCCGACAUCUCUCUGUGACAGCCAUGAAUAGGAACAGCAGACUAGCCAGGCCUUGGUUUGCAAGGAGAGGCAAGAAUGCGGGGGUUUAUUGCCAAUAGGUCUGGACCUAAACCUCCUCCUGCCUCCAGAAAAAAACAGAGGACUCAGGGCAGGAUGAUUUCCCCUCUCCUUUCAGCUUUUAAAGCCAUCUGUGGGACUUUGCACAUUUAGGCACUGCCCGUUGCUUCACUUUGAACUCAGAAGGCCUUUCUUGCUCGUUUGCCUGCCCCACGGUGGAAUUUUGCCAGUGGGAGAAGUUCCAGUCUGCACUGCAGGGACAGCGAAUGGUGCUUAACAAUGACUCCACAGCCACAACAACCAACCAACCAACAAGAACCACCUUCUACAGCCACGGAGUCAUUGUGGUUUCUUCCUUCCCUGAAAAGGCAGCAAGUGGCACAACAGUCUGGAUUCCUACUUCCUGGUCUCCUUUCCAUCUGGCCUGCUUCAGUUCCUUGCCUACUAUGUUUAUAUCCAAGGCAUUUUAUUCUGCUUUAAUCCUCCAAUCUUUCCCUUUCUGGAUUACAGAAGGGGUGAUGUGGAGUUUGAAGAAAUAUCUCCUCGCAGUCACCAGUUACCAUGAACAGUGCUGGAGCACUCAAAAAGGGUUAUUAACCCAGGAAUGUGUAACUUCAGGAUUACUUAAGCCAUGCAAAAGGGGUGCAACAGGGGCUACCUAUCUAAUAGGUCCGAGUAGACUCUGGGCUAUUCCUGGGUGAUGGUAAGUACCCUGCACAGAACAGCCUCCAACUCCAGCACUUUUUCAAAUAUCUUCCUUGGAAAUGCAAGAACGAUUUCAGUACUCUGAACCCCCCAAACUCCAGACAGCAUUUAGAUUAUGAUAGUGUGUCAGCCCCAGUGGCUUCUCUCCCUUUGCCACAUUUUUUGGUAAGCGCACUAACAUUUAAGCCAGGCCUGCUGUUUUCUUCAAAGCUGGACAUUUCUGCUUGUGUGUCCUAAAUCCACAGCAGUACCGUUGUGGUAGUAGAUGGCAGAAAAGAGGAAGGAAAUAGGAAGGGCAGUACAUUGACUUCUUGUUCAGUCCUCUGUUUAUGAAGUCUAGAUUUGCCCAAUAUUAUGGCCACAUGCAGCCGUUUUGUUUGUUUUUUAAAAAAUUAUGGCUCCUGUAAUCCCCAGGCAGCUAGGGAUUCUGUUUGGAAAUUUCUGCGAGUUAGAAUCCCCAAAUCUAACUUGUCCAAACUGCCCAUAUGUAUUUACAGACUAAAGUGGGUAGUAAUUAUGUCAUGGCUAAUAAUUGGAUGUGUACCACUUAGAAAAUUUUAUCAAAUGUUGGAGUUGUCCAUCUUUCUGCCCUCAAAGUUUUCUGAUAUCAGGCUUGCCUGAAAUCACUUGGAGAGUGCAAAUUCUGGAUGGAGUGUAAUGGAAGAAUGAUCCAACGUCUGAUGGUGGGGAAGAUAUUUUGUGUCCCUCCUAAUACAAUGUACUAACACUCCCAUCAUCCCUCAUUGUCUUUGUGGGCUGUGGUUGAUGGCAGGUAUAGUCCAACAAUAGCUGAAGGGCUACAUGCUUCCCACAAAAAAAAUGUAGGCUGUUAAUAAGACUUGAGUUUCUCAGGACCAGACAUUCUCUUAAAUAAUGAUGUGUUCCUAUAUUAGCACAAUUAUGAGCUCUAGGAAAGAAGGCCUGGUCAGUGGAACAGCAUCUCAGGAUUUAAGUUUUUAGCACAGAGAUCUCUUUGGCACUUUUUAAACCAACUUGCUCUGAUGCAAACAAGCUCAGAGUGGUUUUGUGACAAUCAAACUGAGUAUUAGAGCUGCUGUUCUUUCUCUUGCCACAGUUUUCUGUGGCUUUUCACCAGUGCUUUUUCUCCGCCAGGUAGCAUUUCCAAGGGCAUUAGCUCCCUCCCCGGACUUGCCCCUUUCAGAUCUACAUUCUUAAACACUCUUCUACAAUCAGGUAAAAAUGGAGAGUGAAGAUGAUAACUAAGUCAAUUAGACCAUAUACACUGUAACUUCUAUGAUUGUUCUUCAGUAGAAAUUCAAUUGGCCAUUGCACUGUCACCAUCUGGGGACAUUUCUGCAUUAAAUUCAAAAGGAACCAGAUUGUCUGGAGGAAUCAACAUCAUGCCACUACUGAACUGAAAGGCAUGCAGUCCUUUCUGGAACUACUUUUUAAACUAGAACUUCCGCAUUGUCCAUAUUAGCUGGAGAUUCAAGAAUUUUAGUCCAAAACGUAAUUUCUCAUGUUCUAGUUUUCAUGUGUUCUGUCCUUAGUGACACUUGUCCACAGGCAUUUGUCACACCCUCUUCCCCAAUGAGCUGGUUCCAUAUUCUUACAAAUCAUAUUUUCCUUUCCACUUUGGUGGGAGAUUAUGAAAACUCCAGAACCAUGUUGGGAAGAUCUUUGCGACCCAUCUCUUGCAGAUGAACAUCAUCACACCUUGCCGAUGUAAACAGACUGUCCCCUUUGCACAACUCCAAGCUACCUAAUAAUUUUCCCCUGCAGAUGCCACUGUUAUGCCAAGAUCAGUGACUCUGUUGUAGUCCUGGCCCCCUUCACUCCAGCAUGCAAGCCCCACAGCAGCCCCAAGCGCAUGAUCCAGCAGGUGCUGACCUGCAUGCACAACAAAGCUCCUGGUUGGUCUCAGUGAGAUGAUGGAAAUCUCUCAAAAACAGAUCAAUGCUAAGCCAACUCCCCGUCUCUCAUUCUCAUCCUGCUCCAGACCUGAAGCAGCACAUCCAACAAAGCCAAGCUUAGACUUUGGCUGUUUGUUACUUACCUGCUGUCAUGUAAAAACAGCUACAAUAUUCGCAACAUACAGUCAGUGUUGCAACUUUGCCCACUGAUUCAUCAUUGGGGGGGGGGGGGGGGUUGUCAGGACGAGAAUUGAAUGUGUACAACCGAUUAUGUUUUUUAAAAUGCCUUGAAUCAUGUAAGGGGGGACCCUACAUGAGUGCUAGUUUGUAUACAUUAUUUUUAUAUAUUGUUACGUGAAUGGCAUUUAAUCCAAAGCAACUUAAAAAUGACAACAAUAAUAAACAUAUUAUAAAGG